CACGAGACAUGCGCCCCCGCUGAACGGGGGUGCCGUUGACACGCGCUCCGCAAUGGCAUUGUGAGGAUCAUGAGUUCCAGCCAUGAUGACUUGUUGAGCGCGAAGCGACUGGUCUGGGACUUCCAUGAAAAGCUGGAGACCUGUUGUGUGAGCGAAGUGCAGAAGAUCUUGGAUGAGUAUGUCUUGGAUCCUGCGACCUACGUCUUCCGCUGCGUGCAUCCCUUCCGUGAGCUGCGGGGCACCAGUGCGGCUGCACAGUUCUGGAAGCCUUUGAAGCAGUCCUUUCAAAGGAUGCAAUGGCGCUCGGACAUUUUGAUUGCUGGCCAGAAUUCCGUUGGCAGUGGUCUAUGGGUCUUGUCCAUGGGUCAUUUCAUGGGUCUCUUCGAUACGGAUUGGUUGGGCUUGCGGGCCACGCGGCAGCUGCAGACCUUGCGCUACGCGGAGUUCUCAGAGGUCUCUGUGACUUCAAAGAAGGUGGUGCAGACUGGUCUUUUCCUCGACAUUGUAGGGUUGAUGCAGGCGUUGGGGAUGAAUCCGUUGCCGCCCUCCACGGGCGUGAACUUCUGCUAUCCCGGACCACGAACUCAUGAUGGGCUCCACUUGAAGGACAACGCACCGGAGAAAGAGGGUUUGCAAACGCAAGCGUUGGUGGAUCGUAUGAUUGAUGACUUGAGCCAGCAAAAUCAUUCCUUCACCUUUGACCCCUCCAUCCUCCGGCGCAGCUGGCAUGAGAACAUGACCUGGUAUGGUCCUGCAGGCAUCGGAGCCACCAGCAGCAUCGAACGAUAUCAGGAGCAGCACCAGUUGCCCUUCAGAGCUCAGUUGGCAGACAAACGCUUCCAUGGGCAUCAGGUUCGGAUCGCAGAGGGUAACUAUGCAGCCUACUUCGGUUGGCCCAUGAACCUCACGAACACCAACCAGGGCGGCUUUUUGGGCUUGCCGGGGGGCAAACCGGAUGCGCCAAUGCAGGUGGUGGAUGUCUACCGGAGGGAAGGAGAGAAGCUAGCAGAGAACUGGGUCUUCAUUGAUUUGUUGCAUUACCUGAAACAUCAGGGUGUCGAUGUGCUGGAGAGGACGGUGAGGAUUUUGAAUCCAAAGCGUCCACGUCCGAGUGAGGAGAGUGAGGAGAAUGAGAAGGUGCCGGUGCCGAAGAAAGGUGCAGGUGGCUGAGCUUCGAUGUCCAACAACAGUUCGAAACUACAAAGUUGUCAGUCAUGCAAUCCUUGACACAGCAGUGGCCAAGCGACUGAAUCGUGGAUGUUGGCGAGAGCAGGCAUACCAGCCGUAAAGGGGACUCGCUGCUGCCAUAAUAUUUGAUCGAUCAAUGUUUCCUCACUGACGUUGUUGAUGGAGGGUGAUGCCGCACUGAUAGCAGAUUCCCAGCACAGGACAGAGACGCAAUCCCAGGAAUCCUCAAGUGUCCUCAACGACCUGGUUCUAUGCUUUGGGCGACCGGGCUCAAACAAGCAGAGUCCAAGCAGCGGCACCAUGCAACCAUAUCCAUUGGUCAAUGGCAUUGGAGAUCGAACAAGGCAGAAAGUCAAUAAGUGGUGACGGCUUUGCUUGCUGGCGCAGUGUUUUCUUGUCAAACCGUGUGGGGUGUCACUGCUUGCUGGCGCAGGUCUGGAUUGCCCGACCUACCUGACAGGUUUUGAGAUGUUUAGUGCGCCGACCUGCCAGACAGCUUUUCUCCAUCCAGUCCAGGCUUUCUUAGAGUAUCAACAUGAUCAGACAUCAAGGAUUUCAGAUCAAGCAUGAUGGUUUGCAAAUCAAGCAUGAUUGCAGGUCAACCUUUGGUUUGCCAAAAGUAAGUAUUUCUCGCAUGCAAGGCCUGCAAGUGGUGCCGACCAGUUCGGGCGGCGUUGGAUCCUAAUCCAAGCUGUUGUCAACGAACUUUGAGGAAUGCUUUCGCAGUUCCAAAAAUCCAGUUUGCAACCCACAUGCUGCAGACAACUAAGCUGGCCGCUGGAUGAGGCUGCUGACCACCCCCUCAGAGAUCAAUGAACCUAAACUGGUGCCUGGAAGAUGUCAUGGUAGAGGCAGAGAGGCACAGCCUCCAGAAUCCAAUGCUCGCACUGGCAAUGUGUGAAGAUCAUAGCCGAAUCAUAGCUGCAUAGCUUGUCCCUUUUGUAGCAAGGAAUAUCAUGUGCGUGGGCCAAUCCACGAACAACCCA